AUGGCCGCCUCUCCCUCUCGUCUCCCGCGGGCACCGGAGGCAGCGGCAGCAGCGGCGGGGAAGGGCGACCCUCGCCAGGCAGGAAGCGGGCGCCCGUUACUUAGCAACCCCGGAAGUUCCUCCCCGGCCGGCCAGGGAGCUUCGCCUCUUCGCGGCCAGAGUGGCCUCCCGCGGAGGCUUCCGGGAGCGGGAAGCCGGAGUCCGUGGCGGGGCGGCCCGGGAGCCCCUCUCGAGCCUCGCUUCGGCGCCGCAGCGGAACGGGGAUCGGCCCGAGGAGCCUCGCGCGAGAGCCCCGGAAACGGUAAUUGGAGAAGAGGCGAGAGGGGGGUCCCUGGAGGGCCGUGGGCGGAAGUGACGCCACGAGGCCCCGGGCGCGGGAUCCCCGGCGAGAGCAAGAUGGCGGACAAGGAGAAGAAGAAGAAGGAGAGCAUCUUGGACCUCUCCAAGUACAUCGACAAGACCAUCCGCGUGAAGUUCCAGGGCGGCCGGGAAGCCAGCGGCGUCCUGAAAGGCUUCGACCCGCUGCUCAACCUGGUGCUGGACGGCACCAUCGAAUACAUGAGAGAUCCGGAUGACCAGUACAAACUCACGGAAGACACCCGCCAGCUGGGCCUGGUGGUCUGCAGAGGGACCUCCGUGGUCCUCAUCUGCCCGCAGGACGGGAUGGAAGCCAUUCCGAACCCCUUCAUUCAGCAGCAAGAUGGCUAGCCGGCCUGUAGGUCAAACCUUGGGAGGAGUGGAAUGCAGUUUCUGGAAAGAAGCCACAUUUGCAGGAGAAAUUAUUUUUUUAUGCUCUUUUUGUAUAGGAGGAGGACCUUAUAACAUUUUUUCUUAUUUUGUGUGACACUGUGAGUGGGCCAGGAAAUAGUCUUACACGAGGUGAUGUCUUUUGUCUACAGAGGCUUGGACCAUCUUUCUGCUGUAAACGAUUGAAAGCACAUUAGAAGGUUUGGUAAAAUACAGCAGACUAUUCUGGUUGGUUCCUGUUCCUUUAAUCUCUGGAUAAACGAUGCGAUCACUCCCUGUUUGGUCCCGUGUCCUCGGGCCUUCAUCUUUGCGUCUUAACUCUGUGUUGUUUUCUCAGGAAGGCAUCUAGGACAAGUGAACAGCAGCCAGGUGAACAUUUAGUCAUAAAAGAAAAGGUGAUAAAAUUUGUGUAGUUUGUCAGCAUUCAUCUUCCUUUUCAUUCCUCACUGAAGGAGGAGUGUUUAUUAUUUGACAAAUAAUAAAACGCAUCCUGAAUCUUCUCAUAA